AUGUUAUCAUAAGAAAUUGAUAUUGAAAUCCUCUCUAAAAAUUUGACAGGGAUUUCUAAUGAUAAUUAAUAACUAAUUAAAGAUGUUUAAAAUAUUCUAAGAAGCGAAAUUGUGGAUGAAGAAGGGUUGAUAAAGUUAUGCCAAUAAGGAUUCACAAAUUAAACAAGUAGAUUAAGAGGAAUAGUUUGGAGAUUGCUUUUAGGGUAAAUAAUUAUAAUUUUGAAAAGGUAUUUCCCUUUAAAUAGAAAAUAUUGGAGUUAGGUGAUCAUAAAAAAUAGAGAUAAUUACAAUAAUAUAAAAAUAGAGAAUAUAAAGAAGGCCCCUGCUCAAAAAAAAAAUGAUCAUCCUCUAUCAAGAAAUACAGAUUCUGAAUGGAAUAAUCAUUUUUAGGAUUAAUAAUUAUGGUCCAAGAUUUAGAAAGAUGUUAUUCGUACAAGAGUGAAAGAAUUAAGAAAAGAGGAAGAUCGAGAGAUGCUUACUAGGAUUUUAUUUUUGUGCUGUAAAUUAAAUAAAAUGGAUUAUGUCUAAGGAAUGAAUGAAUUUGCUGCAUUAAUGUAAUGCUAAAUAGAUUUAGUCUUUAUAUGUGUAUGAGAGAUCCAAAUGAGAAAUUACAGAAUGAGAGUGAUGCAUUCUACUGUUUUAUGAUAUUGAUGACAAGUUUGAAGGACAACUUUUAGCUUUAAAAGGAAAAAGUUAGAGCAUUUUAGGAUCUUUUAAAGAAAGUAGAUUGGAAACUGCAUGAUCAUCUAGUAAAUUAAAAGAUGGAUUUCUCAAUCUUAUAUGUAAAGUGGUUUAUGAUUUUGUUUGCUUAAGAUUUUCACAUAGAUGAUUCAUUACGGAUUUGGGAUUGCUUACUUUGUUAGAAAAACAAUAGAGAGGAAUUUACAUAUUAUUUGUCGAUUUCUUUUUUAAUAUAGUUAAGGGAAUUUUUAAUAGCUGGAGAUUUUGGAUAAAUUUUAUUGAUUUUACAAAAUCUAGAGAAAUAAGAUAUCAAUUUAAGUGAAGUAAUCUAAAGAGCUCAUCUUUUGUAGAAGGAAUAAAAAAAAUGUUGACCGU